UCUUUGCAGUUUAGUUUACUUUUAGAAUUUUUUUUCCAGAAAGAGUGUUCUAUAUUGGACUAUCAUUGCGGAUGAACUUUGGAAAGAAUAUCAUGGUUGUUAUUUACAUUUAUUAUGCAAAUACAACAGGUUUUAGAUCCUGUUGAAGUAUUAGAUCGUUGUUAAGUGUUUUAUCUUCCACUUUCCACAAAUACCAUUGAUGAAUGAGUUUACUUUCGGACCCUGUACCGAUCUUGGUGUCUGAACUCGAGCAGGACAGAGUGGACAUUUCUUUCUCCAGCAACACUGGCUAACUUGUUCUUGACAAUUUUCAUUUCUGAGUCAAACUUAAAUAUGCAGCUUUUAAAAUCACAAACACUCGUGCGCUUGGUGUAAUCGUGAGGAAAUUUGGAGGGGGGCCAGAUUUCUUAACCGCAACCAUUAAGGAGUAAUAUUUAGUAUAGCAACCCCACCUUGAUCAAUAGAAGAACAGACAAAUGACCGAGGUAUCCACGGAGACCCCUCUCAGUAGCCUCCUCUGAAAAUUGGAUCCUACCCAUUCAGACUUUUCUGAUAAUCAAAGGUUAACUGCAAGAGCAAGUAGCAGAGCAUUGGUAUCUCUAUCUUACUCCAGUGGAUUUACUGAAUGUCUCAUGGUGAUCAACAUGGAUUUUAAUGGACUUGACUGAGAUUACAGAAAAUGGAGAAACGCUCAUCAGAAGAAACAGCUACUGUUAUCAACAGCCUUAAAAUUAAAGAAGAACAUGCCACUGUCAAGAUAAAAGAAGAAAAUGUGGAAGAAAAGAAAGAAGAGGAAGAGACGGUGACGAAAGAAGAGGAAAAUGAAGAGGAUGAAGAGGAGUUGCCACAUGCAGAAGCUAUGGAUAUAUUCGAGGAGGGUUUAGCUAUGAUAGUACAAGACCCUUUGUUGUGUGACCUGCCUAUUCAGGUCACACUUGAAGAAGUAAAUUCCCAAAUUGCCCUGGAAUAUGGUCAAGCAAUGACUGUCAGAGUCUGUAAAGGGGAUGGCGAGAUUAUGCCUGUUGUUGUUGUACAGAAUGCCACAGUUCUGGACCUCAAAAAGGCAAUCCAGAGAUAUGUUCAGCUGAAGCAGCAGCGUGAAGGAGGAAUACAACAUAUUAGCUGGAGGUACGUGUGGAGAACAUACAGCCUGACCUUUGGAGGAGAAAAACUUACAGAUGACAAAUUAAAGCUUAAAGACUAUGGUAUCAAGAACAGGGAUGAAGUUACCUUUGUGAAGAAGCUUAGAAGAAAAUGAUAUCAAAGAUUUUCAUUCAGCAAAGACUGUGAUACAGAAAAUGCACUUCCAUUGUUUGUUGAAGUUGUUACCCGCUUCCACAUUUGAGCCCCGAAGAAGAGACUUCAAGCAAAUAAAAUGGUUUCUGUAUUAGUACCUCCAGACUGUAGAAGAGGAGCAAUCAUUUUGGAUUAUCAAGAGUUGCAUUUUUGCACUGCGUAGCUACUGCAUCUGCUAAUGACUACUUUGAAGAUAUUGUUAACUGGAUCAUUUUUUCUAUACAACACUCUGUUUUGUGGUUCACUAACUCUUUUAUUUGUUGGUUUCAAAAUGGCCAGCAGCAGUUAUACUUUAGCCUGUGGGCGAAAAUGAUUGAAUGCUCAUCUGUAAACUGUCUUACAGGUGCAGUGUGUGCGCCCAUCAACAAUCCCAGUGUUUGUGAACUGGAUUCAGUUAGUGACCCAGGUGUCACAGAACUAGGUAGGAAAAGGUCUGUCUCUGUUGGGAAGUAUGCAUGAGGGUUGUCUGCUGCCUGGCAGCCAUUUAAUAAGGGUCAGAAUGCUUGCAGUAGAUAAGCAGACCAUGUUUGCAGAAAAAAGAGGUUUGUAGCUGGUUGCAUAUGAAUACAAACUUGCUUACUUCCAAGCAUUGUUGUCUUUGCACAUCAUGCAGGUGGGGUGGGGAGCAUCUCUUUUGUGAUGUCUUGCAUGCAGUGUGUCAGCCUUAAGAGUUCUUACUAAGAGAAAUUUUAAACAGGCAACACCUAAACCCUUAUUAUCCAAUGUUGCUGUGUGUCUGUGUGUAUACGAGUUCAUUGUCAAUUUACUUAUUUCUUUACCCACAUAUACACUACAGGGUUGCAAAGAUGUGGGGGGCAAAAUAUUUUUUGAGUAAUCUAAGCUGUUGAAUACUUCAACCCUAUAUUUAGUUGGUCUAAAUGCUAGCAUGCCUUACAUUUGAAAUAAAAUUUCAUCUUUGAUGAGUAUUUUAUAAAGUCCAUGUUAAGUUGGAAGUAAUUUGCCAAAUUUAUUGUAAAUUUAUGACUUGCAGAAUUACUGAAGUCUUGUGCAAAUGCUGUACUGCUAAUGUUAGAAGAAUGCAAUAAAGUUCUCUUUCUCGUGACAUUGAAAA